AUGACGGCGCGCUCGCAGAGCUCGGAGGCGGCCGCGCGGUCCGUCCCGGGCACGGCGGAGGGCAAGCCCGGGUUCGAGGAGGAGGAGGCUGGCAGCGCUGGGACGGAGAGCAACGGCAGCGCGCGGGAGUCGGAGCGCGUGGACGCGGACGAGGAGAGCGCGCCGGAGCUCGCGCGCGAGGAGGUCGCGAAGGGCCUGUCGAAGCUCGGGCGCACGGCGGACGGACGCCGCACGGCCUUCCUGAGGCUGGAGCUCGAGGGCGUCUCCCUGCGCGACUGCCGCAGCAUCGCGCACCUGCAGCACGUACAGGAAGUCAAGAUCUGCGGCGCCGGGAUGGAGUCCCUCGACGGCCUCGAGUCGCUCCCGUCCCUGCUGCACCUGGACGUCUCGGACAACCGCCUGAGCGCCGCGCUCGAGAUCAGCCCGGCGCCGCGGCUCCUGCGCAGCGCGAACCUCGCGCGCAACGACAUCGCCUACCUGGACGACCUCACGACGUUCAGCCUCCUGCGCAGCCUGGACCUGUCCCACAACCAGCUCGACACGCCGGGCAACAUGGGCGCCCUGCCGUCGCUCGAGGAGCUCAACCUGUCGCACAACCAGCUCGUCGACCUCGCCGGGGUCGACCAGCUCAAGUCGCUCACGUUCCUCGACGUGUCGCACAACUACCUGGACUCGCUCGACGAGGUGGGCGCCCUGGUGAGCGUCUGCACGCUGCGCGCCGCGAGCAACCGCAUCGCGGCGCCGGCGGGGCUCGAGCGGCUCGAGAACCUGCGCGAGCUCGACCUGUCCGACAACCGGAUCACGUCGCUCGAGGCGCUCGUUCCCGUGUCGAAGCUGCCGUCGCUCCACAAGCUCGGCCUGAGCGGCAACGAGUGCUGCGACCUCCAGGACGCGCACCUCCACGUCGCGUACCUCAUCCCGCAGCUCGUCGAGGUCGACGGCAACGAGGUCACGCCCCACGACAAGGUGCACGCCCAGAACAUGCGCGGCGCCGACCUGACCGAGCUCCGCGAGAUCCGCGGCCGCAUCCUCCCGCACGGCGAGCUCGACGACUACGGCGGCACCACGCCCGCGAUCUGCGUCCCGCUCGAAGCCGACGACGGCGCCCUCGACCUCCCCGAGAAGGACUGCGCCGAGGCCGACGACUACGCCGCCGCGUGCCCGCCCGCGCUCCUCCAGCAGGGCGUCAAGGCGGUGGCGUCGUACCUCUUCGAGGAGUUCGACGAGGACACGACGUUCCUGCGCGGCGCGUACCACUGGGUGCUGUCCGUGGUGGAGGCCCCGGAGGACGCGAUGACGUGGAGCACGUCCGCGCCGCUGCUGCGGCCGGAGCUCGAGGAGCAGGGCGCGACGCGCGCGCUGCUGCCGUACGUGACGGGCGCGUGGGCGGAGCGCGUGGCCGCGCUGCUGGUGCGCGUGCUGCGGGAGGCGAAGAUCAUGUGCCACGAGGUCCACGGGUACAUCAAGCCGCUCGGGUUCACGCCGGGGGACCGCCUGGAGAUGCCCAACCAUUGCUGGGUGUCGGUGCGGGUGGGCGGGCGGUGGCGCGUGGUCGACCCGGCGUGGGCGGCCGUGCCCGGCGCCACGCUCACGUUCUUCACGCGCCCCGAGGACUUCGUCUACACCCACCUCCCGCUGCUGGAGCGCUGGCAGCUGCUCGAGGAGGCGGUGUCGGUCGACGACUUUUGGGACCUCCCGCAGCUCGCGCCGGCGUUCUUCUCCCUCCAGCUCGGGCUCAUCUCGCGCACGCUGCCGCACACGACCAACACGGGCACCGUGCACUUCCAGCUGCUCACGCCGCACGACGUCACGCCGUUCGCGAUGCUCGCGAAGCUCCCGGACCGCCGCAUCGGCGACUCGGUCGGCGGCGACACCGCGCACUCCCACGUCGAGGUCCUCCCGCGCGGCAAGGGCGUCCCCGCGGGCGGGCUGGCCUUCAUCGAGACGAGCCGCGAGGCGGACGGGCGGCGCGAGGCCGGCGGGAUGCACGGCGGCGCGCUGGUGUGGAACGUGUACGCCCGUCUGCCCGACAGCAAGAAGCCCUACUGCAUCUGUCUGACGGCGGCGCGGAACGGGGAGCAGCAGGUGGACGUGAUGACGGUCAAGGUGCAGGCGCGCGAGGACGCGCAGGAGGUCGGCCGGCUGCUGCCCGCGGCGCACCCGCAGUGGCUGUUCACGCGGUGCGCGUUGCUGUCGCCCAAGCCGACGGAGCGGGUGGUGGCGGGGGAGUCGCUGCACCUGCGCGUGGUGGUGCCGGACGCGCUGAUCGGCGACGUGGCGGUGGGCGAGCCCGGGGGUUACUUGUUCACGCUGCUCGAGCACGUGGGGGGGGAUGUCUACGAGGGGAGUGUUGUGGUCCCCGCGGCGCCCGUGCUGGUGGUGACGUGCCAGUCGGUGGACAACCCCGGCGUGUACGCGCCGCUGCUGAAGUUCCGCAUCGACGGACCCGACGGAAAGCCGUUCAGGGAGUGA